AUUAACAUCCUGGCCGUCUAUUUGCAGGUUUUCGUCUGCCUGCUGGCCUUGUGCGGAUUGGCCCGUGGCGGCUUCCUGGGCGGCGGCAGUGCCGUUAGUUCCGGCUGGUCCUCCGGCGGAGGAUACAGCGGAGGCGGUGGUUACGGCGGCGGUGGCCAUGGAGGCGGCGGCUACGGAGGCGGUGGCUACGGAGGCGGCGGCCAUGGAGGCGGUGGUGGCUAUGGAGGUGGUGGCACCGUUAAAAUCAUCAAAGUAAUCACCGAUUCCGGAGCUGGAGGCGGCUACGGAGGUGGCUACGGAGGAGGCGGCGGCCAUGGAGGUGGCUGGUCCUCGGGCGGAUCCGGUGGCUAUGGAGGUGGUUACAGCAGCGGUGGCCAUGGAGGCGGCUGGUCGUCUGGCGGAGCCGGUGGCUAUGGAGGCGGUGGUGGCUACGGAGGCGGCGGCAACGUCAAGAUCAUCAAGGUCAUUUCCGACUCCGGAUCCAGCGGCGGCGGCUACGGUGGUGGCGGCUACGGAGGAGGCCAUGGCGGUGCCGGUGGCUCCUCGUCCGGCUGGGCUCCCUCGGGCGGAUGGGCCCAGAGCGGUUGGUAAACGAUGUCCAGCCCACCUUUGUUAUCUUAGCGGUUACGUUCGCAAUGUAAAUACUUUCCUGCAAUAAAAAAAUAAAAAAUAUGCAACUCCCACACAAA